GCUGCCGCUCCAAUUUAAUUUACAUUUGCUACACUGCUUGCUCGCCCGUAGACAAGCAAUGGCGUCUCUAACCCUCGGACAGCACACGAGUCAGCACCACCUCGACGAUCAACAGCUCUUUCUGAAGAAGCUGACGGCGAACGAAAGGAAGAAAAUUUUGAGAAAAUCGUCCAGCGAAAUGAAGUCCAGGAGGAGUGCAGCAGCGGCGGAGAGCAUGGUGGGAAAGGUCGGAACCGCAGUCUCAGGACCGUUAGCAUCUUUAAAUCAUUCUCAUCUUCCAGAGCACCGCGGAUCUCCGGAGAACGGAGUCGGUGUCAGCUACGUGGUAGACAUCGGUCAGCAGCCACGUUGCACGGCCGGCGUGGUGGCGGACAGCACUUGCCCGGGGAAGUCUUCAAAAUGUGGGGACUUGCGGGCAAUUUUGACGGUAGCCGGGGACACGAGCCAGACUUUGCAAAAUAAGAGCCGAAAAGACGGAGAGAAUGUGAAAUCGAAGAAAGUGAAACGGAGCCCUGACAGAAGCUGCGGCACCGCGAGUUGCACACAAGUUUGCAGUCCCGUUGCAGGCGGGCAAGGAAGUUUACUUAAAGACUCCAAGGCGUUCAAGUCAAACGGCUCCCCGACAGCACACGCGCACCUCCACAGACCCGGGGGGAAACGCGCUUCCCAGAUCACCGUGCACCAACAUCUCGACUUUAGGUCACUGGGCGACGAAAACGGGUACGGGGAAUGGCUCGGCGGCGAGAGGGUGCCCAUCCUGACGCAGGGAAGGUCUGGGGUGGUAAAGAUGAUGCGCAGCGACCCUCCGAGGAGAGAGGUAUGGUCCAUCUUUACCCAGGACCCCAGAGUGAAGCCGGAGAAGGGAGAGGGACACCUUUUCACCUCCAGAUCGGUGACACAGGACUGGUGUGACGUUUGCAAUCGUCAAGUCAACGGCGAGGCCAGGAAGUGUAAAAACUGCAGCUACACGUGUCACCUGGAAUGUGAGCGUCUCGUACAGCUGGACUGCAACCAGCGCGACAAACCAUCAGAGGACACCUCGUCUCCAGCCCCCACGCCCCAGGAGAAGAAUGCCACUAAAGAAGAGGAAGAAAAACCAAAGUGUCUCUCUGAACAGGAUGUCAGGAUAAAGAUAGAGGAGUACAACUCCAAAGUGACCGAAAAUGGGAUGAAACUGGGCGCGGAUGGCACCUACACGGGCUUCAUCAAGGUGCACCUGAAGCUGCGGCGGCCUGUGACGGUGCCCGCGGAGGUGCCCUCCCCCGGGGGCGGGGCCGGGGGUGGGGCGGCGCCUGACGGUCCUGAGAAGAGGACCUCCUUCUACCUGCCGGCCGACGCGGUCAAGCAGCUGCACAUCAGCAGCAGCACCACGGUCAGCGAGGUCAUCCAGGGCCUGCUCAAGAAGUUCAUGGUGCUGGACAACCCCCGCAAGUUUGCGCUGUACCGCCAGACGCACCGCGACGGGCAGGACCUCUUUGAGAAGCUGCCGGUUGGGGAACACCCCCUGUACCUGCGGCUGGUAACGGGCCCGGAUCCUGAGCAGCUCACCUUCGUCCUGAAGGAGAACGAGACCGGGGAGGUGGAGUGGCACGCCUUCUCGGUCCCGGAGCUGCAGAACUUCCUGACCAUCCUGGGGAAGGAGGAGAGCGAGCGUGUGAGGCAGGUGAAGCAGAGGUACGUGGCGUACCGGGAGAAGCUGCUGCAGGCUCUGCAGGCCCAGGGGCAGCCAGGCUAGGCCCGCCUUCCCCGGGACUCACCCUGACCACCACCACCACCACCGCCGCAACACAGAGACGUUCAGCUCCAGGAAAAUAAAAGAGAAGAAGAAAACAAUCCACUCAGGACACUUUCGACUGGCUCCUCCCCCCUUUUUCGUGGGUAGAGGUGGGGCAGUGUUGAAGGAGGAGGACACUUGGAUGCCAAAGAGGCAUGUCCCCCUCCCCCCAACCGGACAGAGCCGGGCGGUACCCCAGAGUCGCUCGGAAAAGAGCCGCGACGGCCGAACGGACUCGGUCAGACCUUGUUUUUAAAGCUGCUGCUGCUAUCGCUGCUACUGCAAGUGUUACUUAGCAUGAGUUUCCUUCUGAUCUCUGUAGGAGUCCAGUGCAUGCCUUUCAGGGGUCGGGCCCGGGGCGAGCGGGGGGGAAAAAGCGCUACUCACAUUUAGCUCCAUAUCAUUCAGAAAACGUGCUGGAAUACCUUAAGCAUGAUCCCAUCAUCACCCCUUUAGGAAAGCAAAAAUCACACACCCUGUCAUAUUAGAUUGCACCAGUGGCCAUUUAUUGCAACAGAGGUGACUAUUGCAUUCGUUAAUUCAAAAUCCAUACUCGUGUCUUGCACUGCACAUCAGACUUCACUUCGAUUUUUGCAUUCAGAAAGGAAUGAUUUAGAAAAACCUAUACAAUCAAUAAGACGCCCUUCCCUGAAGAGCUCUCAUGUAUGCUGGAAUGCAUCAGGAUGCAGCGUUGUAGCCGGUUUCACUCCUUCACAUUGGAAUGCCCUGAUUCUGCCACGGCUGCAGAUCGUGCACUUAUGAGUACUUUAUAUUUAAAACUUUCCGAAGAGGUAUCUGCUGUGUUUUUCCUUCCUCUGGGAGCGUGUUCCCUUUCAGAGAUUUUGAAGUGACUUUGUGCAAAGAGUCAAAGGGAAAACCGCAAAUGCAGACUGUUAGCGGAGUAUUGUAGGUGAAUCAAAUCCAAGGGUCGCUCCAUCCGUUCUGGUGUUGUAUGACAGCUUACAUACGAGUCCUGCUUCCUCUUUUGCUGGAGACUAAGCUCUCUUUUUCAGGCACACGCAGCGCCAGUAAAUUUUGCAAGCAUCUUUUAGACUAAAAUCAGCAUGUUUGAGAUGUGUGGGGUGAAAAAGAGAAAUUUGAUUCAGCCGGCAAAUGGAAGCCAUGGACUGUAUGACAUUAAGCAGAGAAACACCAGACAGACAACACACCAAAGCUGAAAGAGACAAUAUCCAACAGUGUUUGCAUAACCAUUACUCCUACAAGGUAGCAGGACAGCUGGCCUCACAUUCAAUCAGUGACGUGUAAUGUAAUAGUUUUGCACAUCAAUAUCCCUUAUGUCACUCAGAAUACACAGGAUUUUUUUUUCAAAUAUGGGGGAAUGGAAUGGUUUGUAAACCAUGUUGAUCAUAUGGAAAUUUAACAGACCACCCAUGGAUAUAAUGUGUGCACAUGUAAUUACAGUAUGUACAUACUGUACUGCAUAUAAAGUCAGCAGGGUGUGGAUAUACCUUGCAAACCUGAGGGAGACAAUGCAUUGCAGGCUUGUGGGAGUAGGAAUUGUGGUGUAAAUAGGCAAAUUGUAUUUGAGAAGAGUUGAACUACAGUCUGCUGUUCCUUUUACAACUACCCCUUUGUCAAUCAGGAACAUGCUUCCCUGCUGCAGGAAACCCCUUUGGGACCCCAGACCGCCACCCCCCCUCCACACUCUAUGUGUCUCCCUCUUCCUCCUCCCCUUGCUCCAUGAAGGAGCGGUGUUGCCCCCUAGAGGCCCGGGUGACGCAUCGCAAGCCCUGAGCGGGCGAGAGGGGAGCUGUCGUGUCUUUGCGUGCUCUUCGCGUUCGGGCUGCCCUGAACAGCCAUGUCCCUGUUGGCAGUGCCUUUGUCCCGUGUAGCCUGGCAUGACCGUGUUACUGUACAGACCCGACGCAGAACCCGCUCAAGCACCCAGAGCUGUUCCAAAAUCUCUGUGGGAAUCCAGGGCAGGGCAGGAUGCUUUUAGCAGGCAGCCUGCCAUUUCUCUAUGGGACCUUUGAGGAUUUGAUGUGCGAGUAAUUUAUUUUCAGGCUUCACCCUCUCCGGGUGACAAGA